AUGAAUCAGCUGCGGAAAAGGGGGAAGACAUGGUGGAACACCAUCACCGCUCUUUUAAACGAAGAAGAAGUGAGGGCCAUGUCUUGGGCCCAAUUUGUGGAGAGGUCUGAGGCACAAUAUGUGCCUAAGGUGGAGCAUCAGUGGAUGCAGCAAGAGUUCAUGGCCUUACAGCAGACUACCGAGUCCUUUAGCGAUCUGAACGCCAAGUUCUUGGAGAUGCUAUCUUUUUGCCCCAUUCCAAGAGGAAGGCCAAUGACACCUCUUCCAAUACAUAUAGAGAUGACACCUCUUCCAAGACAUCCAGAGAUGCCUAGAAAAAGCAAAAGCAGGGUAGUAAGUCAAGUUCCCGUCUGCUAUCACUGCAACGAGACGGGACACAAGAAGCCCGAAUGCCCGAAGUUGAAGACUGGUAAAGGAGACGGGGGUAUAAAUCAUGUAAUUGCAUCGUCCUCUAAAGGACCCAUUAUGGUGACACAAGGUCAUGCUCACCAGAUGAAUGUGGAGGAGCCGGUGAUUACAACGACAGUGGCAGACACUUAUUUGCUAGAUUCCGAGCCCGAUGUUGUUAUGUUUGAUAGUGGUGCUACCCAUUCUUUUGUAUCUCGAACGUUUAUUAAUCGUUUGGGGCGUAGUAUCAGAAAAUUGGCUCACCCAAUGGUUGUCGAAGUUGCUGACAACCGCACUAUUUAUAUCACCGAUGUUUAUCGGGGUUGCACUCUCGAGUUUUCUGGAGUUGAAUUCCCCAUUGAUCUUAUCCCUAUUGCGAUGCGAGAGCUCUGCGUUAUCGUAGGCAUGGAUUGGCUUGAUGUGUUUGAUGUGGAAAUCCACUUUCGUAAGAAGCAAGUUCGUGUUUGA